AUGAGACCGGACAAGAUUCGAGGUCUACAGUUGCCCCCCCUUUACCCGAUCAGUCAACUGUUGGCCUGUCGUGCCAAGAAGAUUGACUGGAGGGUAAAGGAGUUGACCCUCUUGCUCGAUUACCCUUCAGACGUCCCGUCUUUGCGGCGGUUGAUCUUCUGGGGAAAAGUGCGUUGUGCGCCUCCAGGAUGCUCCUUCUGUCGGUAG